AUGCUGCUGCUGCUAGUGCCUCGCAUUUCAAUUCCAUAUAAUGAGACCAACGAUUCUUCGACGAAAUUGAAUAAAUUUGCUUUAAUAAAUUACCAAAACACAGAACGCAUAACCGUCACCAUUGGCGACAAUCUACUUGCGCAAUCUUGUAUCAGAACAAGCCUCGAUGCAGACAAAAAACCAAUCAAUGUUGAUGUCGAUGAUCAUCAUCAACAACAUCACCGUCAUCGGCCAUUCAGCUAUAUCGAAAACACUUGCCAAGAAGAGAAUGCGCGAUUCCCGUUACUCACGAAAAUCAGCCCGCUGUUCAACAAAUUCAAAUUGCAUGUGUCGAUAAAGCCCCUGCAUGAUUUCGAAGGGCGAUCGCUACUUAUCGUCAAAAACUCCAGCAUUGAAGAUUUCCACAAGUUGAAAGCAUUGUCCAAGAUUGAUGAAAUCGCGGCGAAUACAGAAGUUUCGAAAAUUGAGUACAAGAACUUGCCCAUUGAUGGCACCUUGAACGAGUUUCAAAAAGUCAUCAUAAAUGAUACUUUUGAUCGCGAGUUUGUUAAUGAUACCAGGCUAGUGGUAUCCUUAUGGGAGCACGAUCUAAACUCCAAUCAUUACACGUAUUGUUUCCAUUUCAGCAUGUGGAUUGACAAAUCCGAUAAAAGCUCAGCUCAAAGUCCCGUCCAAAGUCCCAUGCAAAGUCCAGCGGAUAACAAGCCCUUGCCCGUGCUACCGAAAGAAGCAAGCAAUGGCGAAACACGAAGCUUCAGUUUGGGUGAUUUCAGAAAAGAAUUCCAUUACAAUAUAGAAGAUGGGCCCGAGUUUCGUAAAACGCUAUCGGGGUUUGAAAACGCCGUGCCCGUGGCCAACAAAGUUUACAGUGGAUUAAUCGAAGACUUUAAAAUCUUGGAAUCGAACUUCCGACGAAUGAGCAGCACCAAAGUCAAGAUCAUGGAUGGGGUGAGCCAUUUGAUGGACUUGGAAUCCGCGAGUCUCUUGAACGAGUUUGGCUUCAAAAAAAGCUUUUAUAUUGCAUUUCGCGACUUGUUCAGUUCGUUUGAAAAAAACUUGAGCUUUUUUUUGGAAAAUGUUUGCGAUAACAAGUCCCUAUCAAAGAUUAUCAACAAUAUUUCCGUGCAUCAAGUCGAGAGUCUGAAUCAAUCGGAACUAUCACAGAUGAAAAAACAAUUUGAAAACGAUUCUAAAGAAUACUACGCGUGGAUGAACAAGUACCUUGCAAAUGAAAAGGACCGGCCCGAUUCCAAGCUAUUGGCAAAGCGUAAAGUGUUUGAGCUUUCCAAAUUUGAUUACCUCAACCAAUUGAGCAAAAUCACAAACAACCAGUAUGUCAACGAGCUAUUGGAAAAGCUAUUCAAGUUUAUCAAUCUAGACUAUAGCAAGAAAAACCCCAGGCUUUUAGAUGUAAAAGCAUUCUUGAGCAAAAAAUCCAACCCGGAUCUUUUAGAUGACAAUUAUCAAAUAUACUUGCACGUUUUAACCAAGUUCAAUAGCGAAAAGUAUCAAUUUAGACAGAAAAUCGAGGCUUGCCAGACAAAUGAGGAGUUGUCAAAUCUAAUUCGGUACAACAGAUUGAACCAUUUGAGGCAACCCGCCAAUCCGCUCGGUACCGCGUCGGCAGACGAGUCCACCACUGACGAAUUUAUGGUGACUAAGGAAAAUUUCGAUCUCAUAUUCUCCGAUAGCGGGCCUCCCAAGAAUACCACUUCGUCCACCGAGAAUGAUUUAAAUGAAAUGUCCGGUAUAUUGUUCACCUUGGGCGGGCAAAAGAAACAAGGCUGGCACAAGGAAUGGGUGGUGUUACGAAAGGGCCAGUUGAUAGAGUAUGCAGAUUGGAGAAAGGGCAAAACCCCAAUCAAUGCCCCGAUUGAAGUCGCCUUGUCCAAUGUCAAAGCCGUGUCCCAUGACAAGAGACAGCACUGUUUUGAAAUUUUGACUUCCAAGGGCCACAAGCGUGUGUUCCAGGCCUUUGGUAGCGAGGACCAAAACAAGUGGGUCAAGGCAUUGUACAAUGCGGGGCAAAUGGUCAACACGGAAAGGUUGCAGCAGAGCAUGGGUGUGAAAAACGGCAAGCAUCUGAAACGGCAUCUCGGGAGAUUGGUGACCGAAUUUGGUAACAAACCAAUAAUACCGGGCCAAUCGGUGGACAGAUCAGUGUCCCCGGUAUCUAUCAGGUCCAAGUUGCCACUGGAAAAGGAUUACUUGAAAUCGGUACGAACUAUCGCUAAUAGCGACAACGGCAUAUGUGUCGAUUGCGGUCUGCAGGAACUGGUGGAGUGGAUCUCGAUCAAUUCCUUGACUUGUAUGUGCGUAAAUUGCGCUUCUUGCCACAGAAACAUUGGAUCCCACAUAACGAAAAUCAGGUCGUUGAAGUUGGACAAGUUUGAAAACGAGACCGAGAUCCUCUUGCGGUAUAUAAACAACCGCCAGUUCAACGAGUUUAUGGAGGAGAAUUUGCCUCGGAGUGGGAAAAUCACCGCUGACACAAGCAACGAGACCAGGCUUGCAUUCAUCAAGGCCAAAUAUUCGCUGAAAAGCUACGUGUCCGUGAUACCCGAUAUCGACAACCAGAUCAUCAAAGCGAUUCAAAAGAUCCAGAUCCACAAUGUUCUCAAGUCUAUAUUCUGUGGCGGCGACGUUAAUCUCAACAUCCAAGUCAAGACACAGAAUGCCGCUGGAACUUAUUACAUCAGCCUCUUUGAGUACUCGCUACGCAAGUACGUGGAAGUCGAGUUGGAAGACGGGGAAGAAGGUAGCAAGAAGUACUUUAUCAUAUCGGAAUUGCUCAUGCUCAAUGGCUGCCUGAACUAUGGAGACCCCUAUAAACAAAACCGCGACUUGAAAAUAUCCUCGAGUGCCAUGGACUACUGGAAGACAAGGUGUUCUAGACUCGGCUUGACUUGA